AUGGUGAAGGAGUUAAUUAAGAUCCUGAUUGAAGCAUCAGACGAGAAGCAAGGGGGCAAUCUCCUGAACACCUCUGAAGCCCUGAGCAUUAAAAGCCUCGUGUUUAACGUUCAAGGCUCCGGGGGAGGUUUCUUUGGGCGCCGCCGCCUCAGCGGGCCCGCGCGCGGGGCCGGGCCGCGCCGCCGCCAUUUUGUGCUCCUUCGACGGAGGAUGCGGCUCGGCCCGGGGCUGCUGCUGCUGCCGCUCCUGGCGACCGCCCUGCCCGGGCUGGCGGCCCCGCGGGCUCCUGGCGACCAGGAGUGUGGAGAGCAGCCGCUCUUAGACACCCUGUCAGGAUCCCGGAUCAUAGGUGGACACGAUGCCCAGGUCGGAGCGUGGCCGUGGACAGUCAGCCUCCAGAUCCGCCAAACACACGUUUGUGGUGGAGUUUUAGUUAGUGAGAAAUCUGUGCUUACUGCUGGCCACUGCGCUUGGCAAUGGAAGAACCCCUAUUUCUGGAGGGCUGUUUUGGGUGCCCACAACCUCUGGAAACACGGGAAGCACGCAGCUAGAAGGAAGAUCAGAAGCAUCAGCGUGCACCCGGGAUUCAAGACAGAAACGUUUGAGAACGACCUGGCGGUGUUUGAACUGCAUCGCGCCGUGCGCUACAGCGACUACAUCCAGCCCAUCUGCCUCCCCCACAGCGCCCCCCUCAACCACACCGAGUGCUUCGUCAGCGGCUGGGGCCGCACGGCUGAGAAAGGUCCAACUUCAUCUGUGUUAAAAGAAGCCCGAGUGGAAAUCAUCCCGUACAGCAUCUGCAACGGCUCCGACGCCUACGCGGGGCUGCUCGACGAGAAGAUGCUUUGUGCUGGCUCCCGCUCGGGAGGCACCGACACCUGCCAGGGAGACAGUGGUGGGCCUCUGGCGUGUCACCACCCCGACACCAACAAGUUCCAUCUCGUGGGGAUCGCGAGUUUCGGACUCGGCUGCGGCCGCCCCGACUUUCCUGGGGUCUACAUCCGUGUGUCUCAGUACAGCAGAUGGAUCAACGCUGAGCUGCUGAGGAACGAGGCUGUGAGUCCCCUGAGCAUCACACUGAGUGUCUUCCUAGCUGUGAUCCCUGUAGCACUGACUUUCUGA